AUGUCUGACAGCGAGCUUCGCUAUGGUUGGUACCUUGCAGGCACCAAACUAUUUAUUGACAUCUAUACCCCAGAGCUAACUGAGGGAGAGAUUAGUGCUGCUGUCGAUGAACUGGAUCCCCACAAGCUCACAAUCACAUUGAGGGGCAAAAAGCAUAUUUUGGAUCUCUGUGGAGGUGUCUCAGACCCCUGCGUCAAUAUUAAGCCCUCCAAAGCCGAAAUAUCGCUUCAGGCAAGUAGCAAGGUUGCUUUUACGCAUCUUCUAAAAUCCGAGAAAGCAGCGGCUAAGAAACACGAUAAGGCAGAGAAGUACCGCACCAUGGAUGUCGCUGGUGAAGACGACGCUCCCAGCGACUUGAUGGCUGUAAUCCGUAACAUCUAUCAGAAUGGAAGUGAUGACACAAAGCGCGCUAUGCUAAAGAGCUAUCAGGAGUCUUGCGGAACUGUCUUGUCGACAAACUGGGCUGAAGUGAGUGCAGGAACCGUUGCUCCCCAGCUUCCCGAGUAA